GUGAUCUUAAUGAAACAUUCAUUGUGGGGGACAUUGAUGAAACAUAUCGACAGCUGGUUCAAUGUGUUAUGAGUGCUUGGAGAAAAGCAAUAUCUAUUGGUUAUGUGUUGAUCUUGAAAUUAGAGGAUGGUGAUAUUUUAAAUGUGGAUGUAAUUGUGUACUACAAAGUUGUCCAUGGAGAUCUUAAUGGAACAUUCUUUGUGGGGGACAUUGAUGAAACAUAUCAACAGCCGGUUCACUGUACUUAUGAGUGCUUGGAGAAAGCAAUGUCAAUUG